AUGAAGUUCUCCGUCGUCCUUCUCUUCGCCCUCGGUGUUGUCGCCGCCGUGAUCCCGGAGGAGUCCCCCGUCGAGAUCCGCGAGGUGGAGGGCGAGGAGGAGCUCCUGACCCGCGAGGAGCCCACCGAUGAUGCCCUGUUCAAGCGCCAGUGCUCCACCUUCACGUGCCUUUCGCCCGUUCGCAUCGAGGCUGCCGCCUGCCGGUGCAGCCAGCGCAGCCCCUGCGCGCUCUACGCCUGCCGGGCCGGCGCUCGUGCCUACUGCGGUUCCGGCGUCACACGCUGCGUGCGUGCUUAA